GUGGAGGCACCGCCUCCAGCCGGCUGAGGGCGCCGCUCCCGCAGCCGUAGCGAGGCCGAGGCGGGGCCGGGAGCUCGCACCACUGUGGCGGGCUGGAGCCGGCGGUCAUGGCGGCGCUGCUGGAACACGAGAGCCAGAUCUUCCUGGACCUCUUCCACCAGGACGGGCUGGUGGUGUGCGCCCGCGGGCUCGGCAUCGACCGCCUGCUGCUGCGCUUCCUCCGCCUCUACAGUGAGCCCGCCAGCCUGGUGCUGGUGCUGAAUACGAGCCCUGCCGAGGAGGAGUAUUUUAUUGAUCAGCUGAGGUCAGACGGAGUUGUUCAUCUUCCUCGGCGGGUUACCAAUGAGGUUGCAAGUAACACUCGCUAUGAAUUUUACAUGCAAGGAGGAGUUCUCUUUGCAACAAGUCGAAUCCUCGUGGUAGAUUUCCUUACUGACAGAAUUCCGGCAAACCUCAUUACUGGCAUUUUGGUAUACAAGGCACACAGAAUCAUUGAGUCCUGUCAGGAAGCAUUUAUCUUACGGCUUUAUCGCCAGAAGAACAAACAAGGUUUCAUUAAAGCUUUUACAGAUAAUGCGGUUGCAUUUAACACUGGCUUUUGCCACGUGGAAAGAGUGAUGCGAAAUCUUUUUGUCAGGAAACUUUACCUGUGGCCAAGAUUUCAUAUAGCAGUGAACUCAUUUUUAGAGAAGCAUAAACCUGAAGUGGUGGAAAUACAUCCGCACUAG